AUGGAUAUAGCUGCAAUCGAAGCAGAGAUAGCAGCCAGUAACAAGGAGAAUGAUGAGGCUUCCAAGGAGGAUCUUCCUAAAACAGGAGGGCCUAUUGAUGAAAAAGGCUUCACGCUCCUGAUUUCUGACGGAAGCUUAAAAAAGAAGGUACUCAAGGAAGGAGAAGGAGAUUCGUUUCCAGAUGGAACAUAUGUUACAGUUCAUUACUCUGGGAUGCUUGACAAUGGAAAAGUAUUCGAUUCAAGUAGGCAAAGGAAUAGGCCAUUUGAAUUCAAAAUUGGGCAAGGUCAAGUCAUCAAGGGAUGGGAUAUGGGUGUCGCGACCAUGAAAGCCGGUGAAAUAUCCAUGCUAGCUUGUGGUCCUGAUUUAGCGUAUGGAGCUAAGGGAUCUGCACCUCACAUCAAGCCCAAUGCCACCCUGUACUUUGAAAUAGAGAUUCUCAGUGCUACACCGCCACACGACCCAAUCAGCCAAAGGAUAACAGAGGCCAAAUCAAUGAAGGAAAAAGCAAACAAACAUUACGGAGACAAGCAGUAUCCUUCAGCCAUACACAUAUACGCAAAGGCGCUAGACCGAAUAUCGUAUUCGUGGGGUGCAACGCCGUACGAAGAGACAGAAAUCCGAACUCUUCGUCUUGCGCUUUACUCAAACCUAGCUGCAGCUCGCUUGAACAAUAACGAGCUAGAAGAAUCUGUGAUUGCUAGUGAAGCAGUGCUGGAAAUGGAUCAAAGAAAUGUCAAGGCACUUUUUCGUCUUUCGAAGGCAAAGAAGGGCUUAGGGUCUUUCGGUGAUGCGAUCUCGUAUCUUGAGUUGGCAGCCAAGUAUGAUCCCAAUGACUCUACUAUACGAGCUGAACUGGCUAGCGUUAAAAAAGCUCACGAAGCAUUCAAGAGCAAGGAAAAGAAGAUUUAUUCAACAAUGCUCUUUGGCUCUGAAUCGACGUGA